UCGUCCAGCUGCUUGUUGCUCUUGUGACAGUAAACUUUGCGAUGUCGACCAGAAUUGCAGGUUUUAGCCCAACAAAUUCGGGGUCCCACUAUUUCACCAUAAAGAAAGUUAUGGAGGAAUUGUCCGCGCGCGGACACGAGGUUGUGCUGGUUAAGCCUGCCAAUCAAAACGAUCCACCAACAAUUGGACAGACAAUACCACAUAAGAUAUUCCACGUGCCAUUUAACCAGUCUUAUUUUGAGGUAUUUUUUAUUAAAACUCUCAUGGAACAUGGCAUAUGGAAGGCUCUAAUCAGAUUUACAGAGAUGCAAAGUGUCAUUUGUGAACACUUGUUAAAUAACACUGAACUGAUUCAACAUCUGAGGCAGUUUGACGUGAUAGUGUUUGAAAGACUUUUUUUGUGUGCUUCAAUGGUGGCAGAUCUUCUAAAAAUUCCUGCAGUGGUUUUAAUACCUUCUCCAAAUGCUCCAGCAGGUUGUUCACUUUUCAAGGUUCCUUGUCCAUUGUCGUAUGUGCCUUCGCGUCUCGCUGCAUUUACAAGUGACAUGUCAUUUAUACAGCGUGUCAUGAACUCUGUAGGUCAGAUCAGUUUUGAGUUUGCUGUGCGCCUUGUGAAAUCUCCAAGUGAGCGUCACCUCAAGGAAAAAUAUAACAUUGCACCUGAGAAAGAACUUGAAGAGGUCCUCGGGAAUGCUGAGUUAGUGCUCAUUCUUGGAGACUUUGCACUUGAAUAUCCACAGCCACUUCUGCCAGGUCAGGUCAUGGUGGGUCCAAUCACUGCUAAAGCAGAAGCUGACCCACUUCCCCUUGACUUGGCAAACAUUAUCAACAGUUCAAGGGGGCACGGGUUCAUUAUUGCUUCUUUUGGAUCAUAUGCAGAAACAAUUAUUUCUAACAGGACCUUCGAUGUUAUGGCUGCAGCUUUUGGAAAGUUAAAGCAGAAAGUUAUAUGGAAACUUAAAGGUUACAUUCCUUCACUCCUUGGUCCAAACAUCAAAGUAGUGAAGUGGAUACCUCAGAAUGAUCUGUUGGCUCACAAAGAUAUCAAAGCUUUUGUUUCUCAUGUGGGACACAGCAGUCUCUACGAGUCAGCUUACCAUGGGGUGCCUGUGGUGGCUGUUCCUCUCUUUGCUGAUCAGUUUUUUAACGCUAGGAAGGUAGAGCACUUUGGAUUGGGUAUGACUGUGGAUCACAAAACUGCGACUGCUGAGGAGUUUGCUAAGACAAUGGAGGAUGUGAUGACUGAACCAAGUUUCCAAAAAAAUGCUAGGCGCAUUUCUCGUCUUAUGAGAGACACUCCACGGACCCCCCUAGAGAAAGCUGGUGACUGGAUAGAGUAUCUACUCAGACAUGGUGGAGCCCAACACCUCAGAGCUCAAGUGUUUAACAUCCCUUGGUACCAGUACUACUUACUUGACGUCAUAGCUUUCCUUGUUGCCCUAGCUGCGUUUGUCGUCAUGGUGAUCAGAUGGACAUGUGGAUGCAUGUUUCGUGUGUGUUUCCGCCCGAGCAGCGAGAAACACCCGAUCAACAAAAUGGCGCUCAAAGCUAUGAUCGUUCAGCUAAUUGUUGCGCUUGUGUCAGUAAACUUUUCUUUGUCGGCCAGAAUUGCAGGUUUUAGCCCAACAUAUUCGGGAUCCCACUACUUCACCAUAAAGAAGGUUAUGGAGGAAUUGUCCGCGCGCGGACACGAGGUUGUGCUGAUUAAGCCUGCCAAUCAAAACGAUCCACCAACAAUUGGGCAGACGAUACCUCAUAAGAUAUUCCACAUACCAUAUAACCAGUCUUAUUUUGAGGUAUUUUUUGUUAAAAGUCAUAUGGAAGACGGCUUAUGGAAGGCUCUAAUCAGAUUUACAGAGAUGCAAAGUGUCAUUUGCGAACACUUGUUAAAUAACACUGAACUGAUUCAACAUCUGAGGCAGUUUGACAUGAUAGUGUUUGAAAGACUUUUUUUGUGUGCUUCAAUAGUGGCAGAUCUUCUAAAAAUUCCUGCAGUGGUUUUAAUACCCUCUCCAAAUGCUCCAGCAGGUUGUUCACUUUUCAAGGUUCCUUGUCCAUUGUCAUAUGUGCCUUCACGUCUUGCUGCAUUUACAAGUGACAUGUCAUUUAUACAGCGUGUCAUGAACUCUGUAGGUCAGAUCAGUUUUGAGUUUGCUGUAAGACUUUUGAAAUCUCCAAGUGAGCGUCGCCUUAAGGAAAAAUAUAACAUUGCACCUGAGAAAGAACUUGAAGAGGUCCUCGGGAAUGCUGAGUUAGUGCUCAUUCUUGGAGACUUUUCACUUGAAUAUCCACAGCCACUUCUGCCAGGUCAGGUCAUGGUGGGUCCCAUCACUGCUAAAGCAGAACCUGACCCACUUCCCCUUGACUUGGCAAACAUUAUCAACAGUUCAAGGGGGCACGGGUUCAUUAUUGCUUCUUUUGGAUCGUAUGCAGAAACAAUUAUUUCUAACAGGACCUUCGAUGUUAUGGCUGCAGCUUUUGGAAAGUUAAAGCAGAAAGUUAUUUGGAAACUUAAAGGUUACAUUCCUUCACUCCUUGGUCCAAACAUCAAAGUAAUGAAGUGGAUACCUCAGAAUGAUCUGCUGGCUCACAAAGAUAUCAAAGCUUUUGUUUCUCAUGUGGGACACAGCAGUCUCUACGAGUCAGCUUACCAUGGGGUGCCUGUGGUGGCUGUUCCUCUCUUUGCUGAUCAGUUUUUUAACGCCAGGAAGGUAGAGCACUUUGGAUUGGGUAUGACUGUGGAUCACAAAACUGCGACUGCUGAGGAGUUUGCUAAGACAAUGGAGGAUGUGAUGACUGAACCAAGUUUCAAAAAAAAUGCUAGGCGCAUUUCUCGCCUUAUGAAAGACACUCCACGGACCCCCCUGGAGAAAGCUGGUGACUGGAUAGAGUAUCUACUCAGACAUGGUGGAGCCCAACACCUCAGAGCUCAAGUGUUUAACAUCCCUUGGUACCAGUACUACUUACUUGACGUCAUAGCUUUCCUUGUUGCUCUAGCUGCGUUUUUCGUCAUGGUGGUCAGAUGGACAUGUGGAUGCAUGUUUCGUGUGUGUUUCCGCCCGAGCAGCGAGAAAGCAAAAAACGAUUGAUCUCUUUUGACCCGAGCUCAUGAUGUCAC